AUGUUUACUGGGGUUCUCAUCAAUGCGACUGCAGCAAAAAUGUGGCGACGGACCGUUGGGAAACUGGACAGUGGCUUGUUUCGGUACCGAAUUGGGGGAGAGAUCUGA